CGCUGGGCGCCUCCGGGCCGCUCCCGCCCCUCCCCCCCCCCCCCCCCCGGCCGCCGCCCCGCUCCCGCCGCCCCCGCCGCCGCCAUGGGCACCAGCGGCUCCAAGUCGCGGGGGCUGUGGCCCUUCGCCUCCCCGGCGGCGGGCGGCGGCGGCGCCGAGGGCCCCGGCGGGCAGCAGGCCUUGGCCCGGGCGCGGGGCGCGCGCGCCGCCACCCCCUUCGUCUUCACACGCCGCGGCUCCAUGUAUUACGAUGAGGACGGGGAUCUCGCCCACGAGUUCUACGAGGAGACAAUCGUUACCAAGAAUGGGAGGAAGCGCGCCAAGCUGAAGAGGAUCCAUAAGAACCUGAUACCUCAGGGCAUAGUGAAACUAGAGCACCCUCGCAUUCACGUGGAUUUCCCGGUGAUCAUCUGCGAGGUGUGAGUCGCCAGACGUUGCUGCCCGCAGGCGGGAGGCCCUGCCCCACCGCCCCCAGCCUCACCAGGCGAGGCUGCGUCGUGUUCCCACCCAAGGAGGACUCUGGGUGCGUGGCGGGGACGGCGGCUCUCCCCUUGCCCGGAGGUGAGGCGGGACGGAGCAGGCCGGGCUGGGCUUGGCUAGCGCUCCUCGCAGGCGAUGGGUGACCUUGUGCAACGACUGCUUACAAACAUCCUCGCUUGAGUCAGAAGACUGAAAUACCUUUUGUAGCCUCUAGCCGAUGUUUGAUGGGUAACUGGAACUGCAAACUGCUGUGUUUGAGCUGUUAAAGGGAGAGCGAGCCUGCACUUCUCACCAGACAAAAUCCCCUGCUUCUCAGGUAUGCGGCCCAGGGAGAGCCAGGGCAAGGUAACGCGCUGUCCGGGCCCUGAGAUCCCUUGGGCCUGGGGUUUAGAUGGCCAGUGUUGCGGCGUGUCGCUUGACACGGGUGUUGUGUGAUGCUCCCCUGCAUGGGUCCGUUGAUGGAGGAUAAACAGGGCAGGCUGAGGGGGGGCCGGUCUCAAAGCACAUUCGGCUGGCUGCUGCGUUCCUCUUGGGAAGGGGAUGGAGAUCAGAUGCCGCUAUCUUGGACCUCGGUCUCUUCCUCCUGUGCGUUUCCCCGCUUAUGCCGGCUCUGGGGCGGUUGGCUUUGCUGCUGCUUGCAGUUCCUGUGCCCGCAGCAGAUCUCUGUGGUCUGUGGCUGCUGCUGCUGGCAGCAAGGUCCCCAGCUCUGCAGUGGAAUUGCCUCCCCUGUUAGCAAGCUGGGUCCUGCCAGGUGCUGUCCCUUGCCUGCUGUGGGGCCAGGCUGCUGGGCAAGGUGUCUCCUUGUAACGUCCUGGCCCCCUGCUCCCGUCUUGAACGUACCUCCCAGUGGAGUGGGCCUCGACAGGGCCAAGCAGGAAGAAAUCAUCUCUUCCUUCCUGGCUCCCCGAAAACAAUCAAUCUGUGUGCCUGCCCUGGCUUGGAAAUCUCCCUGGCGAUGUGAACUAUGGUUCCUCCCGUGUCCCAGCUGGCGGCAGGAGGAGAAAUGCGAUGCACUUUAAAGGGAGGCUUUCUGCUCUGUCCCGGAAGGUCCUGCUCUUUUCUCCUCUUUCCUCCCGCUUGAGAAGGUUGGGGUCACUUUGGCAGCACCAAAAAAACCUCUCACCCCUGUGUGCAGGCCCCAGGGCACCGAGCCAGCCGCUGCAGGGCUGGGAAGAGGCCUGACCAGUGCUGUCCCUCGCCCACUGCCUUCCUGCUCAGCCACCCCUGGACCGGGCAGGCAGAGGAGGACCGGCCAUGAGGCAGCGGGCACAGCUUUAAACCGGGUCAGAGCCUGCUCCCUGCAGCAGCCGCUCGGCUUUCCUCCUCUUUCGUUCCAGAACUUAUUUACUUUCUAAGCACUUCAGACAUUCGCUACCUCGAUUUUUAAUUUAAGCCGCUGGCACUUGGCCGCCAGCCCUGUCGGUGUCUACAUUGGAUGUAUCCAUCCCCGCGCCCGCCGAGAGCCGCCUGGGCGCGGGGCCACAUUCCCGGCUUCAGGGAGAUAACAGCGGCGUGGCUGUUGCCGUCUUCCUGUCACCACCCACCCCCCCACCCGCUGUUCCCAUCGACAGGAGCGAGCACGGAGGGUGCAGUGGAUGUGCUGGCUGCCGCUGGGCAGGGAAGCAGGCAGGGCUGGGCAGGGCUCCGGCAGGGAGCUCGUCUACACUGUGAUGCUGGGCGCUUCUUUCGACAUCUUUUGUUCUCCUGCUUGCUUGAAAGAGUCUUGUCUUAAAACAAUCCCCCACUGAAGUGUUUCUUAUUCGCACCACCUGCUCUUGAGUUUCUCCCGGGCCGGAUCUCUCUGGGAAGGACGUCCCUUGGGCUCUGGAGGAGAGCAGGAGCUGCUGUCCCCAGGAAGAGGAGAGAAAGCCGUGGGCUGCCGGUGCUGCCUUGCCCCGCUGCUGUCUGAGGGAGCGGGAAGCAGCACCGAACCCACUUUGGGUACAGGGGGAAGGUGGAGGAGGAGCGCAGGGAAGGGGCUGGUGCCAUUUGUCUGCCCGGACUGGGAGCCCCUUGCCUGGCUGCUGGCCAAAAAUCUGCUGACAAGGCAGGGCCCGAACCCCGUGGGAGGGCAGGGACCCAGACCAGCUUAGCGAGGGUGCUUUUGUCCUCCCUGACAGGCUGCCCACCCUUCCCCCAGGGCAUCAAACAUGCUUCCCCCCAAAAAACACACGUUCUCCCACGUUCUCCCA